AUGGAUUCUAGCCCUCAUCAGAGCAUGGGCCAUUCGGCUCCACCAGAUCAAGUUGCGAACUUCAACGCGGAGAGUCAAAAUACAAAAACCACAAGCCAACGCCAUGUUGCCCUCGGCCUGGACCGCGACUAUGCUACCGAUUGGAAGGUGCCGGAUGCCCUACGGGAGCUGUAUCAGAACUGGAAGGAUGCCAUUAUCCAGACCCAUAAUAUUAGCCUAUAUAAUUUUGUGCCAGCCAUUUCUCCGACACCCGACAACAUCACGAUCACUGUUAAGGCAAAUCAGCCGCCGUCCGAAGGCAGGGAAGGGCCCCUUGUUCAACAGGUGUUGGGCUACAUUCGAUUCAAUAAGAAACAGGGAAAUGCUGAGUUCACCAAUUUCAGCUCAACUCUGGACGACGAAUGGUUAAGGUUCGGCCGCAGUACCAAGAAGGAGGACGAUCGUCUGGCUGGUGGUCAUGGGGAGGGAUUGAAGAUCGCAGCUCUUGUGCUCUGCCGGGAAAACCACCAUGUGAAGAUAUCCGCGAACGGCUAUCACUGGCACUUUGGAUUCAAUGGCCAAUUGAAAACGAACUUCUUCUGCCGCCUCACAAAACCCAGGCGCGAGUCCAGUGUGCCGAGUGGCACGAGGUGCCGCACAGAGCUCAGCGCCAGAAUCGGGGAGGAUGUCUCGGUGAUAAUCGAGAAAGGCCAGAACGGCCGGCCACUUUCGCUCCAGGACAUUGAAACGUGGAUGCGCGACAUGAUCGAUCUACAUCCUCCCUCCGGGCGGGUCCGCACGCCGUUAGGGGAUCUAUUGCUGGAGCCGACGUAUCGUAACCAUCUGUAUCUUAAAGGUUUUCGUGUACCCGAGCCCAACUUGGAUAGCUCGACAUUUCGCUUUGGCUAUAAUCUAAUCAAGGGCAGUGUGGAUCGGGAUCGCCAGCGCCUGGUGAAUCUACAACAGGUGACAGAAAGUAUUCACAUAAUCUGGGAGAGUGCAAUUGCCCAGGCAGAGACUGUGGUCCUACCACGCUACUUGGAACUCCUUCGAGACUACCCAUCCUCGUUCGAUGCGCGAGACGCUGAUCGGCUGAUCACCGAAAAAAUUGCACAAAAGAUGUGGGAUGCCCUGGUUCAUGAGUCAAAGAUGGGGGACUUAUUCUACUGCUCUGAGUCUGGUCAGAAUAAGGACUCUCCAAUGAUACGUUCCGAGUUGAAGAAGAAGCCCAGGCCUUUGCCAGGUUCAUUAUGGACGGCUCUCCGAAGGUAUCACUUGGUCCGCGAGCCAAUGGAGGAGCUGCAGAGUCGCUUUGCAAACUCCCAGGUGAUCAAACCACCGUGUACGGCCUUUGCAGAUGGUGUGGCCCGUACCCUUCGCGCUCUGCUGGCGCUGGAUUCCAGCACCCAGAAGACGACGGUGAUUUUCAUCCGCUGUGCAACAAAUGUAGUCGAUGUUGCGUACCAAGGUGAUAAAAAACUUCUCUAUGUUCAUGAGAAGUGGCUCCAUGCUCCUGAGUCUCAUCAGGGAGUGCCUGGUCCAGCCAAGUUGCAGCCCGGCGACUUUAUCGGCCAACAUCUGGUGGAAGACCUGUACCGUCGUGCCGUGGCAAUUAUAUGGCAGCAAGCCAUAGACAUGCAGUCAACUGAUCGUCUGCACCAGUCAAGCAAGUGUCUGCAGCAGGUCCUUCUGCUGUCUCAACAGAGGCUCCACCAGAUGCCGCGUUGUAUUCAGGUGAUACCCGCAGCAAAUGAAAAGACCGUGACAGUCUCGUUCUACACAGGCCACACCCUGCUCUUCAUUAAUCUCUGUGGAUCAAAAAUCUUUUACUUGGUGGUACUACAUGGCACAGAGUGCGCGGCGGAAAUGGCGCAGCUUGUAUACAGCAGCAGUCAUGAUGUCUGCAAGUGUCCCCGACAGGUAGUGGCUUUAAGUUCGCGGACUGCAAUAUUCCAUGACGUUGGGGAGGGCCCAUGGAUGCCGAUGAUCACCAAGAUGCCGGAUAACAUUGAGUCGGCGGGGAACUAUCUUCCGUCAACAAGUCUGAAAGCCCAAGAUGGGGCGUUGAUUGGGAUCCCGUCACAGGUAGCCUUACCGUCCGAGGCCAAUACUGCCAAUGAAGACAUAGUGCCCGAUGCUGGAGAAAGGGAAGCUGAUCUUUCUACACUGCAUGUCGCGAGAGGCCAGGCCACCGAGUUGACAGCCGCCAUAUCGGUCACUGACAUGCCACCGGUAGCCUCUGACGGUGUUAGCCUGGAAACCCUGUCUAGCGAUGCCGUUGAGAUGCCGAGCUUUGGCGAAUACAACAGGUCAUCUCUGUCAGAGCCCCUUCCUCUAACCACACAGCCCCCUGCAAAAUGGCCGACCGCUGCCGCUCUGCCGCUCAUUAACGUGAUCGAUAAUCGCGGAGAGCAUCCUGACUAUCACGAGACGGGAGAUAGCUAUGUGGAUGAUAUUAACGACACUGAUGAUCUGGCGUCCGCGUGGUCCCAGGCUGCUAGCCUCAUGGGGUCGGCUUCUGCCGGAUCGUCCGCGUCAUCCGGAUUGUGUGGAUGGGAAAAACAGGCAGAAGGCAAUGGCCCACAUGCGUGCACCGAUGCACUAAAUCAAGGACAUGUGGCCCACACAGACAACAUUGCCGGAACCAAGGUCGAGGCGCUAUCUCAACCAUGCAAAGAUUCACCACCAACUUGGAAAGGCCAGUACGUCCAGGUUACCUUGGCAGCAUCCGAGGGGAGCGACAGGAAGUCCAACCAGUGUGUACUUUACGUCCAUGAUGUCCAUACACCCACUGAGAACGCCCCGUUCCCGCAACUCGUUGUCACGAAAUAUUCGUUCCUAACCGAUCAUCCGGCUCUCGGCACAGCGGAAACCAUCAACCAGCAGCAUGAGCUCAUUCUUCAUUUUCAUGACGCGGACCGGAUGGGUGAAGAAGGUGACGCCCAGGUUCUUGAUAUCAGUGAUGUUAUCGUGGUUGAUGCAUUCAGAGCGCCUGGGACGGUGGUGCAUGUCUCCCAGGUUCCUGGUAGGACCAAGCCCAAAUUGCUCGUCACGUUUGAAAUGAUUUUUAACUUGCUCUGCUCCUCAGAUCCAGUGACGGGCCUUUUUGCACGGUAUGGUAUUUGGGACGGUUCCCGGCUAGAGUCACUCUUCAUGACUCCUAUAAGAACUGGCCUUCCUGGCGCAGACAACCUCCACUGUUUCUCUCCGCUCCCCGUCGCCUCAGUCUUUGAUUUGUCCCCAGAGGAUAUUAGUCUUUCAGCAGGCUUCUCGCGAGCAGGGUACCGAAUUCAGGCCGCUCUUGGUUUCAAUGAAGGUCAUCAUCAAUUCUGGACGGAACAAUACCCCGGCACGGCCGUCUACCCGGGCACUCCUUCGUCAGUUAUUGCUAAUUUGGAUGGCGGGAAAUUGAGUCUACCGGACCUUGGAGACAGCCAAGCGCCGCGGAUCAUCACCAUUUCCGGCAGAAAACAGUCUUUUGUAUCUACACAGGCUGGUGCCAGUAGCACUGAUCUGACUGGGUUGCUCCCGGCGUGCCUGGACAGACUCCGGCAUUGUAGCCUUGCGGCCCAGUCGCCCUCAUUGAGAGCGAAUUUCAUUAUCCUGACCCAACCGCAUUGUAUUCUCCAUGAACAGUACCAAGGCCCGCUGGCCAGCACAAUGAGUAUUCUCCUAGAAGAGGGCUAUUCCGUUACUCUCCGAACGCUAUCCGCCGGGAAUUCAUAUCUGCCUGAGGGCAUGCCCGUGCUCUUGCUUGCCGCGCCGUGCGGCACCAACCCACAGUGGAUUGAUAAUGCAUUUUCUGAUCAUCAAGUCAUGUCAAGUGUGGUGAAUGAAGCGGCCAGUGUUGCUAGAGCCUCUGCCACUGAUACAGAGAUCCCUUGUUCCGAUCACUCACAGGACAUGACCUCGGACCAAUCGACCCAAGGCAGUCAUGUUGUUGCACGCCAGAUCGCGGCCGUUGUCUCCCUUAUCAUCGGGGAGUUGUCAAAAAAAAAUCAAAGCAGGGCCUGCUCUACUACAUGGGCUGGCUGCGAUAGGUCCCAGCGAAGUUCCAAGAAGCAGAAGCUGAGUCUUCCAAAGCAUUUUGCAGAAUAA